CACCUCGCUGUCUUCCGUCCUCACGCAACAUGAGCGUGGAGCCUCCCCUUCUAAGGAACCUCACGCUCAAGGACGGCGCAGUGACUAGCAUGAUUUCUCGCGAACAACCUGAUGAAACGAGCGAUGGAAGGACACUGCUGGUGCUGUACGGAUCAGAGUCUGGGAACGCACAGGACGUGGCAGAGCGGGUGGGCAGAGAUGCGCGAAGGCACCACUUCAAGGCGAGGGUUAUUUCGAUGGAUGCAUACGACAUCGCGACUCUGAUCGAAGAACCGCUCGUCAUCUUCGUGUGCUCCACAAGUGGGCAGGGCGUCGAGCCACGUAAUAUGACAAAGCUCUGGAAGACGCUCUUGCGAGCCGACCUGCCCGUAGAUCUGUUCGACGGCAUGGACUUUGCUGUAUUCGGGUUGGGUGACUCGAGCUACGCACGCUACAAUUGGGCUUCGAAGAAGCUUCAACGGAGGUUGCAGAGUCUGGGUGCUCGCGAGAUUUGGGAGAGGGGGGAUGCGGAUGAUCAGCACUACCUUGGGAUUGACGGCGCUUUCGAUCCAUGGAUCGACGGUCUGUUCCGAGUGCUUUUAGCAAUGUAUCCACUUCCGCCCGGAGUUGAGGUUGUACCGAAGGACUACCUUUACCCACCACGCGUACGGUUGGAAUGGGUUGACAGUCCUGAGCUCCCGCUGUCCAAUGUACCCUUCUCCUUUCCGGGAUCCCAUCCCGCGAAUUUGUUACGUAUCCGGAGAUUGACGAGGUCGGAUUGGUAUCAAGAUGUGAGGCACAUUGAGUUUGAGUUUCAUGACGAUGUCAGCUAUUCUCCGGGAGACAUCGCCGUCCUACACCCAGAAAAUGAUCCCGACGAAGUGCAGCAUUUCAUGGAGCGGAUGGGUUGGGCCGAUGUUGCUGACAGGCCAUUUCGGGCUUUGCCGAACGAUUUAGAACGGCCAAUUCCGGAAGAUUGGCCUGAGGUCAUGACGCUUCGAAUAGCCUUCACGCGCUAUCUGGAUAUUCUGGGCGUGCCACGGCGCAGCUUUUUCGAAUCUCUCGUUCAUUUUACUGCGGACCAGCUUGAAAUAGAGAAAUUGCAAGAUUUUUGCUCGCCUGAAGGGCAGGAUGACCUAUAUGCGUACUGCCACCGUGUACGACGAACCAUCGCCGAAGUUCUGACCGAAUUUCGCUCUGUCCAAAUACCUCAGGAUUACGUAUUUGAUGUCUUCCCCGAAAUACGCCCUCGAGAGUUCUCGAUUGCCAGUUCAGUCAAGUGCCAUCCCAGGCAGGUUCAUCUUUGCGUAGCAAUCGUGCAAUACAAAACGAGGUUGAAGACUCCCCGAAAAGGCGUGUGUACAACGUGGUUGACCAGGUUGAAGGAAGGCGACGCUGUCCAGAUCGCGCUCGAGCCCGGGACGAUGCACCUUCCUCCCCUACCAAGUACGCCCAUUCUUCUCGUCGGUCCGGGCACCGGUGUCGCACCUAUGCGUGCGUUCAUCGAGCACCGAAUCCAGCAGGAGAAGUCAAAAGAAAAUACCCUCUAUUUCGGUUGCCGGUCCCUCGACGCGGAUUGUCAUUACAAGGAGGAAUGGAUGGCUUAUCAGAACAAGGGGCAGCUGGUGUGCCGCAUAGCAGCUUCGCGAGAUCAGCCCAGAAAAGUAUACGUCCAGAAUCUGAUCGUCGAGGACGCGGAGCGCGUAUGGAGGAUUGUACAUGAACAUAAAGGCUAUGUGCUUAUUUCCGGCUCUUCCAACAAGAUGCCGCUGGCAGUACGUCAAGCUGUAGAAGCCGUGCUGACCGGAGAAGGCAAGCUCUCCGCGGAAGGGGCAAAGGAGUAUGUUAAGCGAAUGGAAAUGUCCGGUCGUUGGCAGGAAGAGUGUUGGUCAUAGAUAGACGCGUGCAGCGCGUCCACUGCCAGUAGCAUCAACAUGUAGUAUUGGGUGCAGUGAUGCAGGACGCCAGACGAGGUGAUUGUCCAUCAAUCGAUGCCGAUACAGUACAGUCCGCGGGCACGGUAUUCUUCCCCAUCGAAAUUAGAUCUGAAUACUAU